UUUUCCAUUCACAAUCAGUUGAUUUUUCGAAGCAGUAACACCGUGACCCGAGUCACGCAGGACUGACCUUUCCUGUGCCCAGUUUUCCUGCCUAUGGUGGGCAGGUUGGUGUGAAUUUUUCCCAGCAAACCUACCAGUCAGAAAGGUAGUGCAGUGAGUACCAGUGGCAAUUUUCCCAUCCAGAGUGACUAAUUUGAAGUGAAUUAGUGGUAUUUAGUGACAUUGGACCCACAUCGGAGUCAAAGAAGUGGGACUGUUGAUUAGGGCGCAAUAAAGUUUUAAUAUGUGCCAGUGCUAAAGCGUCGGAAGGUAGAGAAGCAAAUUGGAAAAUUCGUCACUCGGUGAGGCCCGACAACUGUGUUUCUUCGUGCAUCCCAUCGAGGACGACGACGACGAGGACGAUCAGGGAAAUAAAUUCCACAAUAGGUAUGGCUCUACUGGUCUAUGGCACACUGGUUGUAUGCGUGGGUUUGGUUCUAUCCUCGCCGCACUCUCCAUACUCUCUUCAGGCAGCCGUCGAUGCUCUGCACCGUCGUGAAGCCCAGCUUGCGCUGCGAGAUGAAGCCACCGGCGAACCCCUGGAUGAUGAAGGUUACUGGCUGGAACCAUCCGACGAACCGCUGGCGUAUCGACCGAAUCGUCAACGGUUGAACAAAAUCCUAGCCAAUUACCUGCGGCGGGAUGAUGAUCUGGAGGAGGAACCGUACGACCCAUACGAUCUGGAGGCUCGAAAGCGUUCAAUUUUCCGCGAACGAGACGCCCUCGCCGAGUUACCCGCGUAUCCGACCGUUUUUCGAGAGCGUGAAUUGGAAAAGCCCUACCUACAACGACCCGACAUGUCUUCGGACUUCCUAAAGGAGAUUGACCGCCAAGCAAACAUUGAACGCGAGGAGAAAUAUCUGGACCGGCUGCGACAGCUCUGGGACAAGUAUCAGCAGCAGGAAAACGAGAUCGAACAGGAACUGUUCGAUGAAGACCGCGCGGCCGCUGACGAUGAAGCUCCCUACUUCGACAAGCGACAGGGUUAUCCAAUCUCGCAAUCAGACGUAGCCGCCGUGUACUAUGGACCUCCGAUGCAGGAAAAGAAACGUACAAUGCCAAUGCUACCGUGGCUGCCUGCUUCCCGCAGGAAGCGUUUCCCUGUUGCCAAGCGUUCUCCAAAGCCGGAAACUGCCAUUUCCGGAACGGAUGAAAAAGUCGCUAAAGAUUUGCAAGCGCUUUUCGAGAAACCCGUGGAACAGAAAAAGAAACGAUCAAGUGAACCAGAGCCGGUGAAAAAACUAGAUAAGAUGAACGAAACGAAAUCACACGAAAAGCAAGACGCCAGCGGGGAACACGAUCACGACGACCGCAGUUCGGAAGAAAGCCACGAACAUGAUCACGAUCACGACCAUGGUCACGACCAUGACCAUGAACACGAUCACGAAUCUAGCGAGGAGUUCGAAGGAGAGGAUGACGACAAGCGAAAGCGAUCAGUGAAGAAGCGCUCAAAUCUGGAGGUUGUGAAGGAGGAUCAAAUUAUCCCCGGCGAUAUCGGUGAGUACAAGGCGAAAAAGUCAAUCCAGUGGAACAAAUACUUCGGUAUGGAUCGGAGGAAAAAAAGCAUCAGCGGGGGAGCGUACCCGCUGAGUUUCUACAAGUCGUACGAUGAGGAUCGCAAGAAGAAAAGUCUGAACCAGGAGAAGUUGGAUAAUAUGGACCGGAAGCUAAAGACGAUCGAGGAUUUGAUCCUGGAUCAGACCGUCAAAUAUACGGGUGACCAUGAAGGUGGACUAACUGAACCAGAGGACCUGCAGAAGAUGAAGGACAAAGUGGUGUCACGGUUGGCUACCGCGUACAGCAUCGAAAAGAUGCGCCACACGCUGGAAAAAUUAAAGGACUCGGUUGGCGAUGAUUCCGAUCCAUCGAAAAUUGACGAGCUCAGCGCUGACAAGCGGGACGACAAAAAGGAGAAAGCAAAGCGGGUUGCCGUGAAGAAGGAGAAGGCCGAAUACGAUCACAGCCAACAUUCCAUGGAACCCAGCGAGAAAGUUUCACAUGAUGAGGUGGAAAAUGAUCUAGAUGAGCUGGAUGAUGAUAAGAAAAAGAAGAAGAAGAAGCGAGUUACCAAAAGAUUUCAGGAGGUUUCCCGGAACGAUGUGCCCGACUUUGAGGAAGAACUAGGCGAAGGUUAUGGUCGCAGUUUGGCUGUUGAAUCGAAUGAAUGUCCGCUACUGGAUGCACUCGAGCGCAGGUGUAGAGGAGUUGAUGUGCUAAGUGGUGAUGUCUACCAAGAACUGUUACCAGCUUGCGGAGCCCAUCAGUUGUGUUAUCUAUGCGGUUCAUCGCAGACUGUUUGUGACCUCCAGUAUCUAACCGAGGCGGACAGCAUCUGCGAGGGACAGGGUAACUGCCAAUCAACGGCACGAUCGGCACUGAUGAUCUUGCGUGGAUUCCCUGGUCCACAGCUGGGACCGCGCGAGUGUGCCAAAAAUCCCUGCCUGUACCGGGCAAUGAUCGAAGUCGGUGUCAGUGGCUUGUAAGCGGAGACACAAACCUGCUCACGUCGACGCUUGGCAGCAGAAAAGCCACUGAGAGAGUCUUUCAGUCUCUUCGCACCUAACAAUUUGUUAUCUUUGAUGAUCUCACGGUUUAUCAGCGUCUGUGUUGAAUAAUGUUGUAAAUGAGUAAUCGAUCAUCGGGGCUUGGACGACGUACGCCUAGAUUCAUGUCGUUUUCAAAACACGCAUAUCGAGCAAACUCUAAUCCACUUACAUGUUUGUCUUUGAAAAUUUGCCCAACCAGCCAAACAGAAAUACGACGGAACGGAAAUGAAACUUACCGAACAGUGAAACUCUUAAACCAAUCGAAGUUUACAUUUAUAUUUGUUUAUUUUAUCACACCAAAACAGCCACUGUUAGUGAUGAGAUUAUUUGCAUUUUAGAACAAAAAACUGAAAACAAAUUUCACGUGAAACGUUAUAUUUUAGCGUGCUAUAUUUUGUAAUGAAAUAUUAUUCAUAUAUAUAAUAUAAUAAAAAAAAACAUUCGACGCAAUCAGAGAACUGACUGCUUCAUAUAUUGUACAACACUUAAAUCAUUUUUCCAAAACAAAAUUACGUGUAGUUAAUCGCUGUACUAAACUGUGCUAAAAUAAUGACUUUGAAAUAUAAUGCACAAGACGAGUCAAGUUUAUCCUUUUCAUUCCAUCAAGCAACUGUUUUAACUCGAACAAACUAAUAUACAAAAAAGGAAAAAUCAGACAAUAAAUUGAAAGAAAAACAUAACCGGUCACCGUCGAACAAAUCCCAAAAAAAACGAAAAGGGGAAAUGAUGAAAGAACACGAAAUAAGUGCAGCUAAUUUGAAAUAAAACAAAGUUUACCUGUUUUUACAAUUCCGUUUCAACGAAAUAAAAAAAAUGCUACAACUAACAACUGAAUAUAUGAUGUACGUGUAGAAUCCUGCAAUCUGAAGUAACUUGAGAAGAGAGGAAAAAACAUAAACAUUGUGACAACACUUUGUGGCGCAACAUGAAGAAGAAAGUGAAAAUAUAUAUAUAUGUAAAACAAAUCAUACGAUAGUAAUAAAUCCAUCAACAAUUGGGUUCUAGGUAUUACCAACUACGGAUAAAAUGAAACGAAUCUAUAUCUAUAUUAUAUACAACAAAAAAAAAACACACACAACCUAAUGAUACCAAAAUAAAUGAAAUCUGAAAGUAUAAUAAAAUAAAUUCAGUAUUUGUUGAAACAAAACAAACACCUUAAAA